CGGUGCUGCGGCCGUCGCAUAUUAUAACUCACUAACUAUUGCUAAUGACUUAAGUCAUGGAUAACCCAUUAGUUUUAUACUGUAAAUGUAUUAAUUAAAUUAUCAUUGUUACAAUGUGUCAUGUACGGAACUUUAAAAAAUAUUUUAAAAUUUCUCCUGGAAUUGAAUCAAGCCCUGACAUUGAUUUCAAUUGGUCCUAUUUAUAUGAGUGCUAAGGUUAAUACUAGAGUUGUUUGGUAGGCUGCAAUCGGAACCGGGAAAAUAUCCGUAGAACACAAUUAUCCUAAAAUUGAAUCCAUUUAAUUUGUACAUUUGGGAUUAUUUUGGAUACGGCCGGAGUUUUGAUUAAUAAGUUAUAGAUUAUAAAAAUCUAAAAACCCAAGUUGUCUAAUGUCACUCCAUUCUAACUUUAUCAAAAUCGGUCCAGCCGUUUUUAUAGUUGUAAAUAGCAUGUCGUCGGGUGUGGUGGCAUCAGCGUUGCCAGAAGUCCCGAUUUUGGCGGGUUUGCGGGAUUUUGGAUUUUUACGUACAUCGUUACAGUAACAACACUUCAAUAUUGGGGAAGUGCCCCAAUAUUGAGCUGCAAAAUCCAACCGCAAAGACAAACAAACACAAGAAAUGUGAGUGUAUAAAACGUGGGAAUAUACGUUAUGGUUUUUGACGGACGAGUCAUCACAUAACAAGCCCUACUCUUGAAUUACUCUUUCUAGAACUCCUUAAUUUCCCGGAGCUAAACUAUCCCGAACCAGAUAACUCGAGGUAUUUUUUCAUACGUAAUUUAAUAUUAAUAUUAUCGGCUUUAUAUUAUUCAUGUAUCCGUAAACUUCUCCGAAAUUUCAUUUCCUUAACAUGAAUAAAGAUGAUCCUAUACUCAAUAUACCAAGCUGAUGAAAACAAAUAAAGGUUAAGGUAACUCACGAAUUUAAAUGAGGAUCGUGCGGUGGGCAGAUCGAGGGCCAGGGCCCGGUAGCAUCCCAAACUGCUCGAAGUGCUAUCGCGGUGGAGCUGAGCGCGCGCCGGCGCCGGCCGCGGCAGUACACUCGCGCCCUCGCAAAAUCGCUGUCGUCUUUAUCGCGCGUUCACGUUUAUAUUGUAUACUUCGCGUCCUAUCUCCGAUAUGAGAAAUCGAUAGAGCAAUGAACAAGACUUUUGAAAUUUUAUCGGUCUCCGCUUAAAAAAUAAUAUCCUCGGUAGAAAGGUAAUUCGUCAGAAAAGUGUGGUUGACGGAAGACAAGGAGAGCUCACCGUGUCUGGACCGAGGAGACCGAAACGCGGUCAGGAUGUGGAGCUCGCAGCGGCGCGUGGCGCUGGACGUGCUGAUGGCCUGCUGGGGCAUGGGCACGUGGCUUGGCGUCAACGGUCUGUACGUGCAGCUACCGCUGCUGGUGGAGCGCCUGCCCGAGGGCUGGGCGCUGCCGUCCUCCAUGGUGAUGGCUGUGCAGCUCGCCAACAGCGGCCUGCUCAUCUACGGCGUGAUGCGGCGCCUGCUGCCCAGGAUCUCGGACGCCUUCUACAUAUACGGGCUGCUAGUGAUAGGCACUCUGGCCCUAGUGCUCAACGCGUUCCUGUACGAAUACACGGCUGUGGUCGGGAGUCACGAACGCUCGGUGGCGUACUUAACUUUAACUUUCUUCGCGGCGCUCGUGGGCUGCACUAGUUCAGUGUUGUUUUAUCCGUACUUAAGACAUUUUCGUGACUUGUACUUGGCCACGUACUUAGUGGGGGAAGGGCUCAGUGGUUUCGUGUCGAGUAUCCUCGCUCUGAUCCAAGGCGUGGGCGGCGAGCCGCAGUGCCUGCCCUCCGAGGACGGCACCUCGCUGGUGCCGCACUACCCUCCAGCGCGGUUCGACACCACGGUGUUCCUGCUGCUGCUCGGUGCGCUGUCCGCGAACAGCUUAGUGAGCUUUAUCGUUAUCAACAACUAUAAAGGAUUCUUGCCGGAACGCGUUACUCCUUCGGCGGCUGCCAAAGAUGAUGAGGCGACGACGGAGCGGCCAUCGAUGGUAGUCCCGCGCUGGUUCAUCGUGAUGGGGCUGAUGGCGGUGCUGAACGCGCUGAACAACGGCGUGAUGCCGUCGGUGCAGUCAUACUCGUGCAUGCCGUACGGCACGCGCGCCUACCACCUGUCGGUGACGCUGAGCGCCAUGGCCAACCCGGCGGCGUGCCUGGCGGGCGUGUGGCUGAAGCCGGUCCGCGCGCGCACGCUGGCCGCCGCGCUGCUCGCCACGGCCGUGCCCUUCGCCUACAUCCUGGCGACGGCGCUGCUCAGCCCGGAGCCGCCGCUGCAGCACACGGCCGGCGGGGAAACCCUCGUCGUGCUGGCGUGGGUGGUGGCGUCGGGCGUGAUCGCGUACGCGCGCAUGUGGGUGUACGGCUGGGCGCGGCAGGGCGGCGCGCGCGGCAUGCGCCUGUGCGGCGCCGUGGGGCAGCUCGGCUCCGUGCUGGGCUCGGCCUCCACCUUCUUCAUCGUCAACUACACCGGCCUGUUCGUGCAGCCCGACGCUUGUCCCGCUAUCUCUAGCUUAAGCAACCUGUAGACUAGAAACUAUCAUAUUAU